GGGUAUUGUAGACAACGCUCUUUAAAUCUCCCUCUUGUCUUGUUCAACACAUGUUGCAGUUUGAAGACCGAAGAUUGGAAAAGAGCAAACAUGUCUAUCGGUGUUCCCAUCAAAGUUCUUCAUGAAGCAGAGGGGCACAUAGUUACCUGUGAGACCAUUACUGGCGAGGUGUACAGAGGUAAACUCAUUGAAGCUGAGGACAACAUGAAUUGCCAGAUGUCAAACAUUACAGUUACACACAGAGAUGGACGUGUUGCCCAACUGGAGCUGGUCUACAUUAGAGGCAGCAAAAUCCGCUUCCUGAUCCUACCGGACAUGCUAAAGAAUGCCCCCAUGUUAAAGAGCAUGAAGAACAAGAACCAGGCCGCUGGUGCUGGGAGAGGGAAGGCGGCCAUUCUUAAAGCCCAGGUGGCUGCAAGAGGGCGAGGUCGUGGAGGAAUGGGAAGAGGAAACAUUUUCCAAAAAAGGCGAUAAUAGGCCUAUCUGACAGUUUGAAGUUUUUUUUAUUUUUAUAAAUACUUCUAGCUAUCUGUCUAACAUUGAGCCAUGCUCCUGUUUAUUUUGAAGUUAAAUACAUGUUUUUUUGAUUGCUUGUAAGCCUUCUCUAAUUGAUAUUUCUGACUUGUCUGUUCAACAUUAAGUUUGUAGACGUCAGUUGCAUGCAAAGCUAUUUCCAGUCUGAAGUUGUUACACUUUGUUAAUCACAUGGUGGAGCCAGAGGGCCAAACAUUUUUUCAUGCACUGUGCACUUUACCAAAACGCAUGAAGAUGUUGAAAAUGUGUUAGUUAAUUCAAAUGUGGGAUUGUCAAAAUAAAUGUACG